UUACAGCACUGUAAAAGUAAUCAGCUGUGCCUUUAAACAGCUGAUCAUAUCUCUGGAUUAUUUUUAAAAAAACGUGCAAGCCCGAAUUUGUUUUUCGAUUUGUUUAUUAUUCAAAAACACGGAAAAUGGCCAGAAGACCAGAGCACUCAGCUCCACCGGAAAUUUUCUAUAACGAUGAUGAGGCCAAGAAGUAUUCCACAAACACCCGUAUUAUUGAGAUCCAAGUGGAAAUGGCCGAACGUGCCUUAGAACUGCUGGCUUUUCCAGACGACGAGGAGUCUCGCUUGAUUUUGGAUAUCGGUUGUGGCUCCGGACUCUCGGGAAGUGUUCUCGAGGACAGCGAUCACAUGUGGAUCGGCAUUGAUAUUUCUAAAUCAAUGCUGGACAUUGCUGUGGAACGAGAAGUGGCUGGGGAUGUGAUCUUGGGGGACAUGGGCGAGGGUAUGCCCUUCAAGCCGGGCACUUUUGACGGAGCUAUAUCAAUUUCUGCUCUCCAGUGGCUUUGCAAUGCAGACAAGUCGUAUCACAAUCCGCAUAAGCGCCUGCUAAAGUUCUUCACCACCUUGUUCUCUUGUUUAACACGUACCGCCCGCGCCGUCUUCCAAUUUUAUCCGGAAAACUCAGACCAGAUCGAGAUGGUCACCUCGCAGGCCAUGAAGGCAGGAUUUUAUGGAGGGCUGGUUGUGGAUUACCCCAACUCGGCCAAAGCUAAAAAGUACUAUCUUGUGUUAAUGACUGGGGGAUCAGCUGAGCUGCCGAAAGCUUUGGGCUCUCCUGAAGAAGAGCGUCGUGUAAAUUAUAUCAAAAAACGUGAUGCCUGCCGUGAGGCCCGCGGAAAGGCUCCGAAAAAAUCUCGCGAUUGGAUCCUAGCAAAGAAGGAGCGAAGACGUCGCCAGGGAUUGGACACUCGCCCAGAUACGAAAUACACAGCGCGCAAGCGCAGCGGCAAAUUUUGAUUAAAGUUUAGCGCGUUAAUCUCACACAGCAGUUGAUUAAUUUUUUGAAAACGAUUUAAAGUAUGGAUGACAUUUAAUAUUCAAGUUUCUGACUUUCUACACAUGUUCGGAAGGUCAAUUCACGUGAUAAUCUUUAGCUCCAUAUAUUGGCAAUAUUUGCAGUUUUAUAAAGUCCCGCGUAACAACUUUUGCAAGCCUUUGCUGCAAAGAAAAGUCGUUUACACUUCUUAUUCACAAAAAUAGCCUUUUGUUGUUAUUAAUAAAACUUAACCCUAUGUACAGUGUGGACUAGA